CGUAUUCCGCAUUUACGUGUUCGCCGGAACGGCUCUUCUUUAUCCUCUCGCCGGGCAACCGACGCCGUCCACUCCGGCUUCGCCAGUUCGCCUCCUCCGCCGUCGCCAUGGCCGACGCUAAAUCCCAAGGCCGAGCAGCGACUACCGCUCUCAGUUCCACUCCCACUCCCACAUGGGCGGAACGGACCGAGGCCCUAACGCACAUCCUGACCCACCCCUCCCACUCGCCGUCGCUCCACUCGCAGCUCUUCCUCGCGUCCCGCGUCCCGUGCCCACCUCGGGGCUCCUCCUACCCGCCCUUCCUCUGCCCCGGCGCGUCGCUCCUGCGGUGGGCACUCACCUCCGUCUUCCUGCCCCGCGCGGCCCGCCUUGGCCUGCCGCCUUCGUCCUGGCGCUCCCGGUGCCCCUUUCAGCUCCCGCCGCCGCUCGUGCCCUCCGCCGGCAUCGAGACGGCACCGGAGCGGUGGAGCGAGGCCGAGCUCCGGGGGUACGCGCAGCGGCGGCGGGCUCGGAGGGGGCCCAUGAGGACGCGACCGCCGGUGUCCAUGGCGGGGGUGGUGCUGACGACCGUGCCCAACAUCGUGAUCAUCGUGGUCAUCAUGCGGGAGCUCUUCUGGGUCCGGCCUGGCCGUUUCUGAGCCAUUCAGGUGCAGGAUCACGAGGCACAUGGAUCUCAUCUUCUCCAUCAAGCAUAUGGGUCAUACUAUGCAUUUUAGGGUGCGUCGCGUCGCUGGCUCCUACUAUCCUGUCAUCACAGUAGCUGGCGUUCCUGAGUUUGAUCGCUUGCCAUAGUCAAUGCGCUUACAUGUCAAGGGAAGCUGCCUUGUGUUCCACCACCGGAAGAUUGGUACAUCCAGCCCAGUAGCGGUCGUUGGCCCAGUCAGUUAGUAUUGCUCUAUCCUCAAUUCCUCAUCAGUUAUUUCUUGUUCAACAUUUUACCCGCAAUAUACGAGCUCCAAAAAGGAUGAAGUGAGGGGAAGGUUUACAA